GAGCCUCUUGGGGAAUGUUAUGAGUGUUGCACGUAAUGGUUGUUAUGGGUUCCCGGUGGCGGCAAUUGCAAUGCUUGGUUCAGAAAUUACGCCCAGAGGUUCGUCUACUGCCAGCUUGCUGUCUGUGGCGUAAUCCCGUUAGGCUUUGGCAUAACUCUGCUGCCAAUUAUCGCCAGCCGACAUCCGGCAAUGGACCUUCUCCAAGAAAGAGUGGGGCUGGGACGCUGUUUUCCUGGGGGACGGAAGACAACGAGGAGGGGGACCUCGUUAACGACGACGACGACGACGACGAUGAUCUGGUCGUAGAAGAGAAGCUGUUGGAGGAGUCGAGAUUACCGUUUAUCACGUUGGAGACCCAAAGAGUGUUCAUUGUACACCCGGCUGUGAAAUGGGGACCAGACAAGCCGAAGUUGACCACAGCUGAAUUGCAGCUAGCUGAAGCUGUUGCUCUAAUAAAUACUCUUCAAAACUGGACUGUGAUAGAUAAAAUUAUUCUGCCUAUACAAAUUCCUGACAAGAAAUUUAUCUUUCACAAAGGAAAUUUUCAACUUCUAACUGAAAAAAUAAAAAGAUUGCCUUUUUUAUCAUCUGUCUUCGUAAAUGUAGAAAUGCUCUCUCCUGUAACUAAAAAAGAACUUGAAAAUGCCUGGGGCGUGAAAGUUUUUGACAGAUACACCGUUGUCCUUCAUAUUUUCCGAUGUAACGCUCAAACAAAGGAGGCAAAACUCCAGAUAGCUUUGGCUGAACUCCCACUUCUAAGAGCCAAUGUGAGAAAUGACGUUGCUCAAUUAGAUCAACAGAGAGGUGGCUCAAGAUACAUUAUGGGAUCAGGCGAAACCUUCAUGGAAAUUCAGCUUCGCCUCUUAAAAGAAAAAGAAAUUAAAAUUCGGAAGGCUCUAAGGAAGCUUAAAAAAAAUAGAGGCUUACUCAGAAAACAACGCAAGAGAUGUGAAUUUCCAAUUGUUUCAGUAAUGGGCUAUACUAAUUGUGGGAAAACCACUCUAAUCAAGGCCCUCACAGGGGAUGCAAAGUUAGAGCCUCGAGAUCAACUUUUUGCCACAUUGGACAUUACAGCUCAUGCUGGCUACCUGCCAUCUCGAUUGACUGUUCUAUACAUUGAUACCAUUGGAUUUCUCUCUCAGUUGCCCCACAAUCUUCUUGACUCAUUUUCAGCUACAUUAGAAGAUGUAGCUUGCUCAGAUUUAAUUGUUCAUGUGAGAGACAUUAGCCAUCCGGAAACCAACCUCCAGAAGAAAACUGUAUUAUCAGUUCUCCAGAAUCUUAAUAUUCCAAAUCAUCUACUUGAAUCCAUUAUUGAAGUACACAACAAAGUAGACUUAGUAAAUAGAUAUCAACCUAAAGAACAAAACGCUAUAGUCACUUCAGCUCUCCUUGAACACGGUUUAAAAGAGCUGAAAGAAGAAAUUGAGGCAAGAGUUUUGAAAGGAACUGGGAAAAAAAUUAUAACAAUUAAAAUCAAUUUAUCUGGACCUCAGCUCAGUUGGUUGUACAAAGAAGCAGUAGUACAAGAAGUUGAUGUUGCUCCUGAAGAUAAUACAGCUAAAGUAAAGGUCAUCAUAAAUGACUCUGCCCUAUGGAAAUACAGGCGUCUAUUUCCUCAGUCUAGUUAUUUGUCUUGAUAGCCACAGCCUGCUUUGCUUCUGGGAGAAAAGUCCUCCAGCAAAUUUUUAUGAGACAAGAGCUCCAAUCAGAGUGAUGAGACUGUAUACACAAUGUUGACUCCAGUGGGCUUAAAAAUUAAUGUAAACAUGAUUAAUAAAAAUG